CCGGUUCUGGGUGGUGUGUGAGAAAGAGCGAACCCUUGCCUCUAUAAAGUCCAAGCUGUGUACCGGAACGAAUCCGAUGACCACUCACCAAACCAAACAAGCUAAAGUGGCUAAUAGGUUUGGGGACAUUUUCAAUGAUUCCAUUUGUGAAGAAGGCAUGCCUCAGUCUGUGGGAUUUUGAUUUAGCCGACCUAGAAGCCCGGGUGUUUUUUCGAAUUUAGGCACAUUUAGAAACCAAACCCAGCAGAACAACAGGAAUCUUCGGCUGCGUUUGCGAUCCCUGUUCUAUUCUAUUCCACUGGAUUUGCUAAAUAUUGACGUUGCUAUUCGUUACCACAGCUACUGGAAACGGACGACUUUGAUAACCCUGGAAGAACAGGAAUCCAGGAAGAGGGGAGGUAUUCACAGUCCUCUUCAUACUUUGAUAGCAGUUGGAAUUUCACCCCUCCUUCCCUCUCCCCAUUUGAGAUGGUUUGUGCCGUUGUUAGACAGAGGCCCAUUGUGACGAACUGCCCUUUAGACGGACAGAGGUGGACCAAUUAUGUGGCGAUGGGCCCAUGAAGCGGAGGCUGAAUUCUCUCAUGGUCUCUGAGCAGCGCUGUGAUAGCUGCUCAAUUAGUCCUCGCUGAUGUAACGGAUUAUGAUGAUUAUCGGCGGCGAGUUGCAUACAGCGAAUGGGUGCCUCAACGAUGUCCGCUGGUGCUCAGAAUAGGCCCUAAACCUAACCCUAACCCUAAACCUAACCCUAACCCUAAACCUAACCUAUAUGGUUAUCAGCGGGGACCUGUUCAACAUGUAAUCACACUGUGCCGAGAUAACACUCUUGGCUCCAAGUUCAUACGCAGCUCCGAGCUGGAGACCAGUACCCAUGUGGGCCCUUCUCCACGGUCUCCUCUUCACGUGAAUAUACAAGGCAGAGUGUGAGCACAUCCGUUCUCUUCCAGAAGAAACUAAAAGGAGUAAUCCUGUUUCUAAUUCAACACACCCUACAGUGUAGGGUUACCAGUGGGAGUUCUCCCUGGCACUGUCUCGCUGUGUUUAUGUUGGUGUGGUUGUGUCUCCAUUAAGAAGCCGGGUGGACAACAUGUUCUGUGGACCUCGUCCAAAGAUGGACCUAAUGACUAUGAGUAAUUGGAGCUUGUGAAAAGGGAGAGAGGGAGAGCGGGGAGGGGAGAGAGAGCAGCGGAGAGCUUUUGAGUGAAAGGCGGCCAAGUUCCGCGUUCAAGGUCGGCAGCGGACAUUGCCGAAGUUUACACAGUGGAUGAGAGGAGGAUAACAGAGAGCAACGAAGGCGGAGCAAAAACAGAAACAAACAGAGAGAGCAAACGAGAGCCGAACCAGGCCCUGCGGGACAAAACCUCUCUUGCCGAGGCACAAGAUAAACACAAUACGAAGGAAAGGCACAACCCAGCUUUUCCAAGUGCCUUCGUACAACUGCACAUUUCAACUGAAGCCAAAGGGAGUGACCUGCUAGCUGAACGUCAGGGCCUGUUGGGCUAGAAUACGAGGGAUGCGCUAAGGGAAGCGGAGGAACAGGGGGGAGGAGGUGAUGCGAUCUGGCCAGGGAGCCAGGACAAGGACAGGGGGGGUGAGUCGGGGAGCUAGUCUGAGGCACCCUUCGUACAGGGGGGGGACGGGUACGGCAGGGAAGGCCUGCUCUGUGUUCUGUUGGCACGGCUCACAUGGAGAUGACAGGUACCUUCCAACUCACCGUUCGAGCUCCCGGCGGAGGGAGAAGGUUCGUCUGGCGACAGACACUGAGCUGGACCAGGACUUCAGUGAGCGGUUGGGUCUGGGGAGCAGUGACACCCUGACCAAUGGGAACCGUGCUGACGGAGAGGCGGCCAAGCGCCUGGCCAAGCGCCUCUUCACCUUGGACGGCUUCAGGAAGUCCGAUGUAGCCCGUCACCUCAGCAAGAACAAUGACUUCAGUCGUAUGGUUGCAGAGGAGUAUCUGCAUUUCUUUAACUUCGUGGGUCUUACUCUGGACCAGGCUCUGAGAAACUUCCUCAGACAGUUUGCCCUGAUGGGGGAGACUCAGGAGCGGGAGCGGGUGUUGUCUCACUUCUCCAGGAGGUACCUGCACUGUAACCCCAAAGUCAUCCCGACCGAGGACGCCAUUCACACCCUGACCUGUGCCCUGAUGUUACUGAACACUGACCUGCAUGGCCAUAACAUCGGCCGGAGGAUGUCGUGCACUCAGUUCAUUGGCAACCUGGAGGGUCUUAACGAGGGCCAAGACUUUCCCAAACCACUGCUUAAGGCCCUGUACAACUCAAUCAAGAACGAGAAGCUCCAGUGGACAAUUGACGAGGAGGAGAUGCGAAAGUCUUUUUCAGAGCUGGGGGAUAUUAGCCAAGCAGACACAGCCUCCAAACAAAUCAAAAGCCCAGCCAGCGGCGGGAGAACCCUGGCGUGCCAGCCCUCGGGGGCCAAGCUGUACAAGAACGGGUUCCUGGUGCGGAAAGUGCACGCCGAUUCAGACGGCAAGAGAACACCCCGUGGGAAGAGAGGCUGGAAGACGUUCUAUGGCAUUCUGAAGGGGCUUAUUCUCUACCUGCAGAAGGGGGAGUACCGGCCGGACAAGCAGCUUUCGGACGAGGACCUGAAGAACGCUGUGUCCGUCCACCACUCUCUGGCCAUGAGGGCUGCAGACUACAGCAAAAGACCAAACGUGUUCUACCUGCGCACAGCAGACUGGAGGGUCUACCUCUUCCAGGCACCAAACGCAGAGCAGAUGCAGUCAUGGAUCACGCGCAUUAACACGGUUUCAGCCAUGUUCUCUGCGCCGCCCUUCCCUGCAGCCAUCGGGUCGCAGAAGAAAUUCGCCCGACCGCUGCUGCCCAGCUCCACCUCUAAAAUGUCCCAGGAGGAACAGGUCCAGUCCCAUGAGGCUCGGUUCCGGGCCAUCUCCACUGAACUGGCCGAGCUACGCUCGUAUCCUCCUGACCGAAAGGUCAAAGGCCGUGAGCUGGAGGAGUACCGCCAGCGGGACGAGUACCUGGAGUUUGAGAAAACGCGCUACGGUACCUACGCCAUGUUGCUCCGUGUCAAGCUCCGCUGCGGCGAGGACGACCUGUCCAUCUUCGAGGCCCAGAUCCUGGAGGACAACGGGCUCCAGCGCGCCCACUCCAGCCCCACGCUCCAGGACGGCAGCCUGGCCUCCCAGGGAAGCGGGGCCAAGGAGCCGGUGGGCUGUGCCGCCGCGGGCAAAGGCUCCAAGCGCACAGAGGGCCAGAGACACAGCUACCGCCAGGCCGUCAGGAAGUGAGGCGGGACGGGGGGGCAACGGGGCGGUGAUGGUACGGCCAGCUCGUUGGCCUGCGCAGGUUUUUAUUAACGAUCCGGGGGCAUGGGGUGGGGGGGUUGAAUGGGGGUUGCUUGAAAAGGGGUGAGAGUGUACCGCAUACACCACACCCCCUGCCCUGUGGCAGCCCUCACCCCCGGAACCCCACAUCUCCUCAGAAAUACGGAUCCUGUGACUGGCGCGGCCGCUGUCCAAUGCCAGCAGGGCGUUGGGGCAGGAGGGCGGGACGUUGGAGGUCUUGGAGCCUGUGGAGGUAUAAUUCAAGAGGAGGCUUAUACUCUGCGGUGUCGCUUGACAAAGUGUUUCGGCAGCGCCGCCACCAAGCAACUCCCAUCCAGACCCUUUUCCAUUUCGCAGGCGCCUCUCCCGCAAGCCCUGCCAACCCUUUUAAUUCUCUCCGGACGUUUCUAGGGACCAAACAUGUUUACACCUUUGACACGUCGUCUCAGAGGACCAUUCGUUUGGACUGCAGUGCUACAGUACUGUAAGCCUGUGGUAACAACCGCUGAAGGACCCUAAACUCAUUGCGUUGCGGUUUCCUUUUUUUGCCACAACAUCAGGGUGUGUCCACAUUCCAUGAGGGAGCCCAGCUACUAGCCCCUGAGCUUGUCUGUUGGGGGGGGGGGCGAGAGGUUGCCCAUGUGGGCCCUGCGGAGGCCCACCCUCAGCCCUCCCUCCUUGUUCGAGUCGAGACGUGGGCAGGGGAGAGAGGAAGACUGCGCUGUCAUGACUUCAGACCUCUCUGCUUCGCAGUUCUCCCACUCUGUCUCGGAGGGGUAACUGUGGCUCGGCCCUGGAUUCUGUCCCAAAUAACUUGUCAGAUUUGACAUCACUGUUUGGUCAUGAACCAUUGCAGGCUACUAAUGUACAGCUGCACAUGAAUACAACAGUAUUUGAACUGUAUCAUCCUCUCAGCAAGAGAGGCCCGUGGUUUCUUAAUUCUUUUUCCUUUAAGGGGCAAUCUGCGAUAAAUAUCUACCCAUUGAUUCUUUAAGAACAUAGCUUUUGAUGUGCCUCAUGAGCUUAGUUCAUCUGUUAGGCUUUGUUUGUAAACAGUGUCGUCGUAAACAAACAAAACACGUUUGCAACUAUCAUUUCUGUACCAUGGAUGGUCGGUCCUUGUAAGCGUAGCUUAGCUUAUGAAUUUGAGAAUGGUUACAUUUCUCCAGCUCCAUCCCUCAGCUGUUUACCAAAUCAGUGGUGGGGGUUCCGCUUUGUUAUUCUUUAAAUUGCAGAUUGCCCUUUUAAUAUCAGUUGUUAAUCACUACCCAGUUGCUUUCUCUGUGUUGAUGUGGGCAUCUGUUCUUUCUUACUACUCUGGGCAAACUGUUGUUUUAGCAUGCCUGCAUCAAGCUCAGCUUUUUCAUUUAUGGCCUUUUCUUCCUCUUUGGAAAAGAAGGGCAAAAGGUGUUUUAGGUUGUAUUGUCUUUUUACUGAUACCGUAUUGACAUGUCCUCCCUGUUACUUCCUUUGGAAUCUGUUUGUGUGUCCGUAUCAACACUCCUUUGGAAGACCUGUUUUAAUGCUCACCAGGCAGGCCCAGAAAGUUCCGGUGUUGUCCCGUAGUUCCGCAGUAUUUAAAAAGUCUGUUGAUGUCGGACUUCCCUUCCUCCUGUGUCCUGUUAUGAGUGUAAUUAUAUGGUGAAAUAUCAAGAUUAUAAGAAGCAUUUUAUUCAUAUUCAUUGUGGUCCUAUGGUACGUAUGUUUUUUUAAUAACCUGCCGGCUACUAUGUUCUGCUUAUAUUGUAUGAUACAUUAUAUAUGUAGUUACAAUAUAUACUGGUGAAUAUGCAUAAAUUAAACAUAGAGACUUGAUAUUAUACAUUCCCUGUAGUUAAAUGCCCUGGGGGUGAUAUAUGAUUAUCGUGUGUUUUACAUUCUGUAUGUAAAGGGGCGACAAAGACACCAGCACUGAGUGUUAUUAAAUGCCUAUGCAUUUAAUAAACAGUGAUUGACCACAGAGGUUUUGAGAUGGACAAUACCAUAAUCAAAUUCCCAUCAUUAUUUUAACUUCCUGGUCUGAAGUAUUCUGAAGGAAGGGAGAGGGACAUUUUUCUUUCAAAUUAAUAUAAUCAUUCAAUUUGAAGGUAUUUGUUGGUGUUGUUUUAUUGAUGUUGACAGGGAGUAAUGUUUCGCUACAUGAAAAACAGAUAUACGGGGUAUUGUCAGCGCUGUAUGUGGAAUGUGACCCAAUAGGCAAGACAAGGAAGCCUAUCCAUACCACAUCCUAAAUCAAUCGAGAGAAGAAUUAUGAACAUAGCCAUUCCAUGACAUACCUUAGGUUCCAAAAAUUAAAUGGCGUGUGUCACAUUUUUCUGUAAUAUUUGAAGGAUAGCCAUUUUCUACUCAGGCUUUCGAAAUUUUGCCUUGAACAGUUGUAAUGCCAGCAUCCUACCAGCAGAGAGCGCAGUUUGGCAGGACAUUUAGUUACCUUUCAGCCAUAACCCUGCUACCCCGCACUGCACAACGUUUUCAUUGUGGGCCUCGGCAUAAGGAAACCUGCCAAGCUAUCUGUGAUCCGCGACAGAUAGUUGUUAAUGUGUAAGUGCAUGUGUAUCUGUAGCAUUGUGCACCUGUGAGAAUGCAUACAUACAUGUACAAGCGUGUGUGUGUGUGUGUGUGUGUGUGUGUGUGUGUCUGUGUCUGUGUCUGUGUGUCUGUGUGUACACUCUGAGAGGUGCGCAAUUCUAAUAAAGACAGGAGACUAAAAUUUUUCACUUUAAAUGUAUGUCGAACAAAACCCAGUGUUACACCAUACGACUCUACAGAAUAACUCAAUUUCUAUAUUGAACAGUUUAACUUGUCAACUGAGAUUUUGAUUAAAACUAAUUUAACUGAAACACAGUGCAGAUGCAAAGUUUGGUGAAAGAAAAUGUUCUGUUACCAAACCAUGCCCCCUGCAUAUACAUUUUGUCACAUGUUCUGUGGAGAGAAUGUUAAUUCCAGUCCUGGUGUGUAUGAAGUGCUUGUGCGGUUUGCCGUCAUGGUCUCUUUUUGACUUAAAAGUCUGUUACAGAUGGUUACGGUGGAAUUGCCCGUGUGUUUUAGUCCUGCUGCAGGUUUGUGAAUGUCAUUGAAUGCAGCAUGCUGCGACCUGGCUGACCUGCUGUUAUACUAAGCUCAUUUGACUAAUGUGGCUGAGGAGAAUAUUCUAGCCAGAACAGCUAUCCAAUAUUUUAAAGCCGGGACCAGCCUAUCCAGCUGCGUCCAUCAGCUGUAGUUAUCAGAAGUGUUUUUUUGUACAGUUUUAGUACAGAAAAUUGGAUGCUAUGUUAAUGUGUAGCAUGGUGUGUUUUGCCUCAUCUUCUCCGAUCCUAUCUUCCCUGCUUCCAUUUCUUCUGAUAACACAUAGCCUCUCAAGUUUCCAUUUCACUCCUCUUUCUCUCUCAGUUCACUGCAUUUCUCCUUUGCCACUAACAGUCUGUCUGCUAGGCCCUGUGUAUCCAUCAUCAUCAUGCUGACAUCCCUUUUCAAGACAAUCUUUUGAGAAGCUGCCUUCACCGGUGAACCCUAGGCCUGUGUGUAUAUUGUUACUAUUUUGACGACAUAUACUUUAAAUUGUAUUGUGUUACGGUUGUGAUGUAACUGCUUGGUACUUGUAUUAAUUGGUAGUGUUUGACACUGGUGGCAUUUAGCCAGGGUGCUCUACCACCAGCGAAUGCCAUGUCUCUGCCUGGACAUUUAGACUAAAGGAGAGGCCCUUUACACACAAGGAGACGUUGCGGAGUUCAAGUGAACAGAACUGAAAGUCUCAUCUCUCACACGCUGUUUGUAGAUAGUGCAUCUGCGGUCUAUACAGCACAUGCUCUGCUUCCAGUUUCCCAGGCACUAACUGUCAGGGAGGGAGGCACGGACAGUUUUGUAUGGUAAAUGAUGCCCUACUAUCUAUUUGUUAUGACAAAGCAGUAGAAUAGAACGAGCGUCAGCGUCCGCGUCAGUGACCUCUCUGCGUCCCACCUCAGCCGCCCCCUGGGACAUCACCGCAGGGCGGCUGUAUGGGCGCUAGUCUGCGGUGCGCCGUGGCACUGAAAGAACGCCUGGGUGUUCGCAUUUGUUCCUUUUCAACCAGCACUUCUGAAUGUGACAUGUGAUAUACGUAUACAGCAUGAGAUACUAUUACGAUCUGCUUUCCUUUGUAUUAUAUUUAGGGUAUUUAAUGAAAGGUUAAUAUAUAGAACAGCAUUGUUGUCCAGUUCAUUGUCACGUUUUUUUUAUUAUUAUUAUAAACGCUGAAUGAAGGACAAUUGUUUGUACGUGAUGCUGUUUUAUUGCAGAUGUAUUGUAGACACCACCCCACCAACACAUUCAAAACUGUGACGUACUGGGAUUCUGACUUAUUUAAGAUGUCUUAGAAUGCUGCCAAUGAGAGACAUUUGAAAAGUUUUUCUAGGAUUGUUUACUCAUUUUAGCUGUACACGUGUCAAUCGCCUGUUAAAACCUCACCUCUGUAAGGAAACUUUCUUUGUAUAUCAGCUUUUCUUUUGGGGAGGCAUAAAGAAAAAAUCAGUGUUUAAA